GAGCGGGGUCCAGAGGGUGGAACCGGUGAAUUUUUCAACUUCCAAGUUUUGCAAGGAAAGAAAGAGCGAAAGGGAGGGGGGGUGGAAAAGCCCAGAGCAGAAAAGAGAGGAGUUUGGAGCCGAGCGGGAGAGCGAGAUUUAUCGUUGGGGAUUUUUUUCUGGAGAUCCUUGCUGCUCCCCCGCGGGCUCUGGGCCGCAGCGGCAACAGAAGCAGCAGCCUCCUCGCUGGGCCGGGUGAGACGCGCGGGCCGGCGUGGAGGAGCCGCCGGCGGCUGCAGCCGGGACCCGCGCACCGCAAGCCUCUUCCGCCCCGGAGAUCUGCGCUCGCGCCCCCUCCCUUCCCGCUCCCCCACCCUCCCCGCCCCCACCCGGCCCUCUCCCGCGCGCACCCCGCUACCCGCGCGCACUCGCUCGCGCUCCCCCCUCGUGCACACACAUGGUCGGCUCGCGGCAAAGUUUCGCCUGCCGCCACUCCAGGAUCCUGCCGCAGUGCUCUGGGCUGUAACCUUGAACUUUCCCAGCGCGGUGACACAUUCUCCUCUCUCCUCCCGCCCGCCCUCUUGCGCCCCCCUCCCCGCCUUUUUUGAAAAAGCAUUUCGCCGCCACCACCACCACCCCGAUCCAACCCACUCCGAACCUUCGCGCACCCCCAAGCACCCCACCAUACCACCACCACCACCGCACAACAGAAAGCAAACCCCAAACCCAGGCGAAAAGCAGCCGGCAGCGGCGGCGGCGGCGGUUCGGCGGGCAGGGCCGGUGCGCGCGGACGGCAGGAGGGCUCGAGGUGUAGAUUGGAUUUCACCCCGGGAAACGCAGCGCGCCCAGCGGACUCGAAGCUUGGCUAUUUAAGGAGGACUGGGUCUGAGGUGAAGUUGCGAGGAUCCGGCGCUGUAUCCCGUCCUGAUUGAUCUGCACCGCGGGGCUCCCAUGACUGUAAAAUGAAUAGAUGAAAUUCUCGCUUCUGGAAGAUUUUCGUGGGCAUCUCCAGGAAAGUGUGGUUUAAGGCGAAGUCAUGAUGUAUUCUCCCAUCUGUCUCACUCAGGAUGAAUUUCACCCAUUCAUUGAGGCACUUCUUCCACAUGUCCGUGCAAUCGCCUAUACUUGGUUUAACCUACAGGCUCGAAAACGCAAGUACUUUAAAAAGCAUGAGAAGCGAAUGUCAAAGGAUGAAGAAAGAGCAGUCAAAGAUGAGCUUCUCAGUGAAAAGCCUGAAAUCAAACAGAAGUGGGCAUCCAGGCUCCUGGCCAAACUGCGCAAAGAUAUCCGCCAGGAGUACCGGGAGGACUUUGUGCUCACCGUCACUGGCAAGAAGCACCCCUGCUGUGUCUUAUCCAAUCCCGACCAGAAGGGUAAGAUUAGGAGAAUCGACUGCCUGCGACAGGCAGACAAAGUCUGGCGUCUGGAUCUAGUCAUGGUGAUCCUGUUCAAAGGCAUCCCCUUGGAAAGUACCGAUGGAGAGCGGCUCAUGAAGUCCCCACAUUGCACAAACCCAGCACUUUGUGUCCAGCCACAUCACAUCACAGUAUCAGUUAAGGAGCUUGAUUUGUUUUUGGCAUACUACGUGCAGGAGCAAGAUUCUGGACAAUCAGGAAGUCCCAGCCACAAUGAUCCUGCCAAGAAUCCUCCAGGAUACCUUGAGGAUAGUUUUGUGAAAUCUGGAGUCUUCAAUGUAUCAGAACUUGUGAGGGUAUCCAGAACGCCCAUAACCCAGGGAACUGGAGUCAACUUCCCAAUUGGAGAAAUCCCGAGCCAACCAUACUACCAUGACAUGAACUCGGGGGUCAAUCUUCAAAGGUCGCUGUCUUCUCCACCAAGCAGCAAAAGACCCAAAACUAUAUCCAUAGAUGAAAAUAUGGAACCAAGUCCUACAGGAGACUUUUAUCCCUCUCCAAAUUCACCAGCUGCUGGAAGUAGAACAUGGCAUGAAAGAGAUCAAGAUAUGUCUUCUCCGACUACUAUGAAGAAGCCUGAAAAGCCAUUGUUCAGCUCUACAUCUCCACAGGAUUCUUCCCCGAGACUGAGCACUUUCCCCCAGCACCAUCAUCCCGGAAUCCCUGGAGUCGCACACAGUGUCAUCUCAACUCGAACUCCACCUCCGCCCUCACCGUUGCCAUUUCCAACACAAGCUAUCCUUCCUCCAGCCCCGUCGAGCUACUUUUCUCAUCCAACAAUCAGAUAUCCUCCCCACCUGAAUCCUCAGGAGACUCUGAAGAACUAUGUACCUUCUUAUGACCCAUCCAGCCCACAAACCAGCCAGCCUAACAGCAGUGGUCAAGUGGUAGGGAAAGUGCCUGGCCAUUUCACUCCUGUUUUGGCACCCUCUCCCCAUCCCAGUGCAGUGCGACCUGUGACCCUGAGCAUGACAGAUACUAAACCCAUCACUACAUCCACUGAAGGUGAGGCAGCUUCACCUACAGCAACCACCUACACAGCCUCAGGCACAUCUCAAGCCAAUCGAUAUGUGGGACUAAGCCCAAGAGACCCAUCCUUCCUACAUCAGCAACAGCUGAGGAUUUGUGACUGGACCAUGAAUCAAAACGGCAGGCAUUUAUACCCCAGUACCAGUGAGGAUACAUUGGGAAUUACUUGGCAAAGAAGGCACGUAAUGGAUAAUGGCAGGAGUCACAGUCGUACCUUCAACAGUCCUGGUACCUGGGCUAGCUUGGUUCCCUUCCAAGUGUCAAACAGGACACCCAUCCUACCGGCAAAUGUCCAAAAUUACGGUUUGAACAUAAUCGGAGAACCUUUCCUUCAAGCAGAAACGAGCAACUGAGGGAAAACAAAAUUACAACAAUAGUUUCAGAAAAUUUAAGGAAAAAAAAAAAAGGAACCGAGGAAGCCUGGACAACAAAACAAAACAAAAGGAGAAAGGAAAGAAACUGAAGAAAGAAGAUAACAGACCAGCAAUUGCAGCACUUACAAUCACUAAUUCCCUUAAGGUUGAGACUGUAACGACAUAAAAAGGGUCGAUGCUAUUUCACUGAUGGUAAAUCGCAGAUCGCAGCCCCUGCAACGUAGCCUUUGUUACAUGAAGUCCGCUGGGAAAUAGAUGUUCUGUCUCUAUGACAAUAUAUUUUAACUGACUUUCUAGAUGCCUUAAUAUUUGCAUGAUAAGCUAGUUUUAUUGGUUUAGUAUUCUUGUUGUUUACGCAUGGAAUCACUAUUCCUGGUUAUCUCACCAACAAAGGCUAGGAGGAGGCGUCAGAGAUGCUGGGUGACAGAGCCAUGAGCCAGCCAUUUUAUAAGCACUCUGAUUUCUAAAAGUUAAAAAUAUAUAUAUAUAUACAUAUAUAUAUAUAAAAAAAAUCUCUGUAGCCUUUAGUUAUCAGUACAGACUUAUUAAAUUUUGGCCCUUAACCCAGCCUUUUCCAGUGUGUAACCCAGUUUGAAAUCUUAAAAAAAAAUUUUCAAAAAAAAAAAAAAAGGAAAAAGGAAAAAAGGAAAAAAAAAAAAACAGUUUGAACACAAAGGCUCUAUGGAAGAAAUGCCUCUAUGUAGGUGAAGUGUUAUCUCUGCAUGCAACAGUAAAAAUUAAUAUAAUAUUUUCCCCACAAAAGAAACACUUAACAGAGGCAAGUGCAAUUUAUAAAUUUAUAUCUAAAGGGGAAUCAUGAUUAUAAGUCCUUCAGCCCUUGGACUCUAAAUUGAGGGGAUUAAAAAGAAUUUAAAAUAAUUUUGAACAAAUUUAUUUUCCCCUCAGUUUUUGAGGGCAUUGAAAAGGCAUUAAAUCAAGACAAAUCAUGUGCUUGAGAAAAAGAAAAUUAAUGAAAACACAGCACUUAUGUUGGUUUAGCUGCAGCCUCCUUGGAGGUAGAAUUUAUUUAUUUAAAAUUACUGGUUGCAUCAAGAACCCAUAGGGUGUACAAAAGGUUCUGUAAAAUCUGCAUCAUAGAGACAAAGAGGCAGGCAAUCCAUGGCACAAGGGAAAAGCUUAUAGUUUACAAACUGGGAAUGCCAGGGUGUAGGAUAUCAAAACGCACUCUUGAGAAAACACGCGUCAUCAGGGUGCUGCCAACUUGCAUGGUGCUUUCAGACGUUAGCCUUGUUCAACACAUUCUUGCAUUGACAGAUCCAUAGUGUGCAUGGGCAGACACAUGUUGCCUCAAUGUCUCUUAAAAUUUUUAAUUAAAAAUACUCUUUCCAGUAAUCCUAAUUUGCACGAAGAUAUAAUGUCCACAUUACGUGCCUUGCCUUGGAAUUAAAAAAACAAAAAACAAAAAAAGAAAAAAAA